GCGGAAGCUGCUGCGCGUGUCGCUGUGGAAAGGGAAAGUGUAGGAGAGCGGAGCUUCGACUCGAAACCUCGCAAGCAGCAGCCCCAGCACACAGGCACAGUACGCGUGGAAAGGAGAGUGUGUAUCUGUGUAUGCGCGUGUGUGUGCGUGUGAGAGAGAGGUGUGGGUGACAGUCCCAUAGAACAGCGUUUCCAGGCAACCGGCCCGACAGUCGGCUCGCGCUCCUUCAAGUCGAACUGCACAACACCGUGCGAAAUCCGCUAUUUAGCCUACAGUGUACUAUUCCUCUACUUCGUUCCACUGUAGACGAGCGGGGAUUCGUCCACAUCCAAGCUUGCUUUGCAGAGCACCCCCGGUGGUGCUUUGCGUGCUGGAGGGGAGUGUCGUUUUGCAGAAUAUGCAGUAAAAAUGAAAUUAUUUUCGGUACAAUGAGACAGUAAGGGGGUACCUCGCUCUUCCCGUGGCUCUACCCAACGGGGUUGGAUCUAUAUAUUUUUUUCCCUUCGUUAGGAUGGGGAAGGAGCAAGAGCUACUGGAAGCGGCCCGGACCGGGAACGUAAUCUUAGUGGAAAAAUUACUAAGCGGUAAAAAAGGAUUACUGGGCACGUCAUCUGGAUCCAUACCGCUACCGAGUUUGCUGAGUAUCUGGCGAGGUCUGAACGUCAACUGCAUCGACAGCACCGGGUACACCCCCCUGCACCACGCCUCCCUCAACGGACACAGGGACGUGGUCCUGAAGCUGCUGCAGUAUGAGGCCUCCACCAACGUGGCCGACAGCAAAGGCUGCUUCCCGCUGCACCUGGCCGCCUGGAAGGGGGACGUGGAGAUCGUCCGGAUCCUGAUCAACCACGGCCCCUCCCACUGCCGGGUCAACGAGCAGAACCACGAGAAGGAGACGGCGCUGCACUGCGCGGCGCAGUACGGACACUCGGAGGUGGUGUCGGUGCUGCUGCAGGAGCUGACGGACCCGGCCAUGCGGAACAGCCACGGCGAGACGCCGCUGGACCUGGCGGCGCUGUACGGCCGGCUGCAGGUGGUGCGCAUGCUGGUCAACGCCCACCCCAACCUGAUGGGCUGCAGCACGCGCCGGCACACGCCCCUGCACCUGGCCGCCCGCAACGGCCACCGGGCCGCCGUGCAGGUGCUGCUGGAGGCCGGCAUGGAAGUGAACUCCGCGACGGAGAAGGGUAGUGCCCUUCAUGAGGCCGCUCUUUUUGGGAAGAUGGACGUGGUGCGGCUCCUGCUAGAUUCAGGAAUCGAUGCCAAUAUCCGAGACUGCCAAGGAAGAACCGCCCUGGAGAUACUGAGGGAACACCCAGCACAGAAGUCCCAGCAAAUCACUGCGCUCAUACAAGAGUACAUGAUGGAGGACUUGGACAGUAAGAGCGUAGCGGAAGAGCCCGUUCGGCAGUGUCCUGUCCCCACUCCCCGCACGUCCGUGUCAACGCCAGCUGCCUCGCCGUCCCUCAAGAUCAAAAAUGACGCAGUGACGGGAGAGCUGUCGAAGUUGCUGAAUGAGAUUAAGAUGUGUCGCGACAAGGACUACUCCUUCGAGGACCUGUGCCAGACCAUCUCCUCCCACUCCAUGGAGAGCUUCGGGAGCGGUCGUCUGUCCGACGAGGAGCGCAACAGCACACUCAACAAAGUCAGCAAGCGCCCUUCCCCUCCCCUCGCCCCUGCCCAGGAGGAAGAUGAAGGGGAGAAGAGCUGCGGUCCAGCUGGCUUCUGGGAGGCGCUCACGCCCUGCAAUGGCUGCCGUAACCUGGGCUUCCCUGGGCUGUCUCAGGACUCCAAGCGGGCCGCGGAGAUCGUCCCGUCCCCGUCGCUAGACGUCUUUCUCCCCGAGGACGAGGACAACCCCUACGAGUUCGUCGCCACCGCCGUCACCCGCAAACCGUGCUCGCUGGACAUAAACCGCCCGAGCGCCUGCUCCAAGAACGACCAUUCCCCCCAUGUGACCGUCACAGAGCCCAAGCUUGGUAACCAUGGGAACCACUCCACGGGCCCGACUCCAGACUGCUCACCCCCCUCCCCCGACACCGCGCUGAAGAAUAUCGAGAAAGUGAUCCGCCCACAGCCAAAGCAGCGCACGUCCUUGUCGUCAUCGCAGGACGUCCAAAGGCCGAACCACAGCUACGACCCCUCAGAGGUGAGCUCCUCUCUGGGGUACGCCAGCUUCACCACCAGCCCCCCCGUCAGCCCUCCCGUCAGCCCCGCCAACUACUCCACCGGGUCCGCGGAGGACUGCGGCCUGACAGAGGAGCCCGCGUGUCAGAGGGAGGCUCCGGCCGAGCGCAGUUUUCGGGACUCCCACGUCCCGGAGCAGUUCGCCGGGCUGCUGCACGGCUCGUCCCCGGCCUGCGAGUCCCCGGACAACCCCUUCCAGCUGUACGGCAAGGUGCGCAAGUUCAGCGCCCCGGAGCCCGUGCCCGCCCACCGCCAGGGAAACCUGCUGCAGGCGCCCAGCCUGGGCGUGCCCCUCCCCCUCCCGCGCGCGGACAGCGAGGCCUCGGGCCUGAGGGCCCCGCGGGAGCCCAAGCCCCAGGUGGUGUACAGGACCAUCUUCCACACCCGGGUGAACCAGGACCAGGCGGAGCGCGCGGGCCCCCCCGCCGGGGCGCGGCAUGUGAGGAACGGCGAGGCGGCCGGCGGGACGAGCGCGACAGGCGCCGGGUUCGAGGAGCGCGCCUGCACCCUGGGGAGGAUGCGCUCCGUCCCCAGGAACGUGCUGGACCUGCAGCUCUCCAGAAACUUCUCCAAGUCCGAGUCCAACCUCAUCUCCGUCUCCCCCAUCGAGGAGGAGCUGCGGCCGGGGCGGGCCCCGCCCAACCCGGCCGGCAAGCUGGAGAGGACCCCCUCCUUCACCGCCGAGUGGGAGGAGAUCGAUAAGAUCAUGAGCUCCAUCGGCGCGGGGAUCGGCACAGGGCUGAGGGAGAUCCAGGAAGACCAAUCAGGCCCCCGCUGCCCCGUCCAGUCCGUGGGCCAGUGGCUGGACAACAUCGGGCUGGUCCAGUACGAGAACCACCUGCUGGCCAACGGCUUCGACAGCGUGCAGUUCAUGGGCAGCAAUGUUGUGGAGGACCAGGACCUGCUGGAGAUUGGGAUCCUCAACUCAGCCCACAGACAGCGCCUCUUGCAGGCCAUCCGCCUCCUGCCCAGGGUGCGGCCGGUUGGCUAUGACGGGAACAACCCCACGUCGGUGGCCGAGUGGCUGGAGUCCCUGGAGCUGGGCGACUACACCAAGUCCUUCCUGAUCAAUGGAUACACCUCCAUGGAGCUGGUCAAGAAGAUCUGGGAGAUCGAGCUCAUAAAUGUGCUGAAGAUCAGCCUGAUCGGACACAGGAAGCGGAUUUUGGCUUCGCUCGGAGACCGGCUACACGAAGACCCGCCCCAGAAACCACCCCGGGCCAUCUCCUUAAGGGAGCCGACCGGGAACCACACCCCGCCGCAGCUCUCGCCGUCGCCCGGGCAGAGCGCGUACACGGCCGCCGGCUCGCUGGACGUGCAGCACCUCAUCAUGCAGGCCGACGCCCGCCGCCGCCGCAAUGACACCUACUUCGACGACGUGCCGCGCUCCAAGCUGGAGAGGCAGAUGGCCCAAGUCAGUAUGCAAGGCGAGUGGUGUGAGCCAAUCACGUUGCGGCCGCCCAACGAGGCGACGUCAUCCACGCCGGUGCAGUACUGGCAGCACCACCCGGAGAAGCUCAUCUUCCAGUCAUGUGACUACGAGGCCUACUAUCUGGGCUCCAUGCUGGUGAAAGAGCUGAGAGGAACAGAGUCCACGCAGGACGCCUGCUCCAAAAUGAGGAAGUCUACAGACCAGAUGAAGAAGAUCCCAACGAUUGUCCUCUCAGUCUCCUACAAGGGCGUCAAGUUCAUUGAUGCCACCAACAAGAACAUCAUCGCUGAGCACGAGAUCCGCAACAUCUCCUGUGCUGCCCAGGACCCGGAGGACCUCUCCACGUUCGCCUACAUCACCAAAGACCUCAAGUCCAGUCACCACUACUGCCACGUGUUCACCGCCUUCGAUGUGAACUUAGCCUAUGAGAUCAUCCUGACGCUGGGCCAGGCCUUCGAGGUGGCGUACCAGCUGGCCCUCCAGGCGCGGAAGAGCGGGCACGGUUCCUCCACGCUGCCCGAGAGCUUCGACAGCAAGCCCGGCAAACCCGUGCCCAAGCCGCGCGUCAACAUCCGCAAGACCAUGGAGCAGCCCUCGAUGGAUCAAAAGGGCCACGCCAAUGUGCCAUGGAUAGUGGAGCCAGGGCAGGAGGCCAAGAGAGGAGUCAACACCAAGGCAGUGCCGGACGCUCAUGUCUUUUACUGUGGAAUGCAAAGAAUGUAGCCAGCCCUAAACAUGGACCCAAUUUACACACAGUGUUAAAGGACUACAGCCCUAAAAUGGACCCCUCUCACUGACACAGUGUUAGAGGACUUCAACCCUAAACGCGGACCCUUCUCAAAGACACAAUUCUAAAGGACUACAACCCUAAAAUGGACCCUUCUCAAAGACACAAUUCUAAAGGACUACAACCCUAAAAUGGACCCUUCUCACAGAUGGCGUUGAAGGACUACAGCCUUAAAUAUGGACCCUUCUCACAAACACAAUGCUAAAGGACUACAGCCCUAAAAUGGACCCUUCUCACAGAUGAUGCUGAAGGACUACAACUCCAACUCCAAACAUGGACCCUUCCCACAGACAGCGUUAAAAGACUACACCCAUAAACCUGGACCUCGCAGGUAGACCUUUCUCUCAGACGAAGGACCACAGGACCCCAACGUCAGCCUACUAACAAGCACACAUGGCGAUAUAGGACUACAGAGUUUACAGAAGCAGUUUUUGCUGAAAGUACAAUUUUUAUUUGAAGAUACCACGGGUAUGAUUAUAGCCCCAAACUCCAGCUCCAAUCCCCCCAGCAGAGGCUUGACAUCGUAACGCCCCCCCCCUGUUGCCUGGGAGGAGGAACCCACAAGUUCAACCUUCAAACCCUUUUUGGACAGCUGCGUUGCCUCGGAAACGGUAACCACGGUAACCUGAGGUAACUUGAGACGCGCGACCUUACCAGCUGUCUCAUAUCAAAGCACCAACGAGGGACGUCCGACUCAGCACGGGAUAACUGACUUCUAAUUCUGCUUUUUUAUUUAGAGAUUUGGGGGAUUUUUUUUGUUGUUGUUGUUGUUCAAGACCACGUUAUGAAUAUGAAUUUGAAUAUGCACAAUGUGAAUGGACUGGUCUUGCAGGACUGCCCCAAGUCAGGAAUGUCCUGGUGUGUUGGGCACCAGCACUGAGCACCAUGGGAAAGGGUGGUAGAUGGUUCCUAAUAACCGAGAUGCCAUCCAGUUCAAUAAUCAUUCUGCCAGAACAUUCAAUGUUUAAUAAGAUUACUACUUAUAUUACCAUUAUUAAUUAUUAUCAUUAUUAUUAUUGUGCAAUUAUGGUCAAUGUUGUCUUAAUGUUACAUUAUUUUUAUAUGAUAUGCUGAAUGGAAGCUGGGCUUAAAUGUUUUCCAUCCAAAAAAAUAUAUAUAUAAUUACAUACUGUAAGCGCAGCCCCUGAAUGUGCAUAUGGCUACAGCGAACUCGGGUUCGAGAUGACAACCCAGCUGUUUAACUUACACUGAACUCGGGAAACUGAAACGAAAACAAUGUAUAAUUUCUUGUGGGGCUGAAACUGUAAUUAAAAGUCAGAUGUAUUAUUUUAACACAGUAUUACUAUACGAGAAUAAAAAAGCAGUCCUCUUGUAAAUAGAUAUUUUGCCAAUUCAUUCCUCAAAUGUAAUGUAAUGAAACUAGCAGGACAUCGCACUGGAAACAUGGUACCAAUUUUAAAAAAAAUCAGAGAAAAGAGAUUGUUCAAGGGGCAGUUGAUGGUGACCUCUCUGCAGACUAACACUUGUACAUAGGCUUGGUCUUCCAGUACACAGAUUUUGUAAUUUUGGUCAUUAUUUAUAUCCUUGUAAAGCACAUGGAAUAAACAUGACUUGUACAACCAUCA